AUGAAUUUUGAUCGUCCUCUUCAUCUGUUCCCAUGUUCGAUUGAAGCUUCCAUCACCGUUCGCCUGCUUUUCUGCCUCCAGAAGCCCGCCGACACUCCACUAUCAUCUACUUCUUCCGGACUGGAUUUCGCCUCAACUAUGGUUUAUGAAAGUCUAGCAGCUGCUUAUAAAAAUGAGAAAGAUGUAGUUAUUUCCAAUCUUGAUGUCGACAAUUAUAAGGAUCUUAGUGAAAAAUAUGGAAAGAUAUACGUGAAAGAUGCCAAAAGUAGUCUGAGCAAAGGUUGUGAUUAUGCUAACAAUGAGAUCCAACAUCUAGAACGUAUUCUUUCUAAGUCGAUUAGCCCUACAAAGGCGUAUGAAUUUACCCUCAAGAAAAACAUUUUAUCUGCUUUUGCAUGA